AUGGGCUGCUGCGCGGGGCCGGCGCCGCUCGCCGCCGGCGCGGGCGUCCGGCGCUUCCUGCUGCGCUACGACCCGCCCGGGCUGGGCGUGGAGGUGGACAACCUCGGCGAGGUGGUCAUCCGCCACAUCGACUGCCCCGCCUCGUCGGAGGUGAAGUCCUCCAGGGACAUCCGGAGGCUGGUGGAGGACAUCAUCGGGAAGUACCCGAUGCUGCUCUCCAGAAGGAGGCACAACGGCGCCCUGGUGAAGCUGUUGGGCAGGCUGUACUCGAUUGAGAUCGAGCCCGACGAAGCCAAGGUGCCCAAGACGUCAUCAGACAGGAGAGCCGACAAUGACUCUGAGUUCAGACCCGAGCCUGGCCAGCAGGUCGUCGUGACAAAGCAGACUGGAGAUCUCCAGGUCCAUAACGGCGAGGUCGGGACGUUGAUAAAAGUCAAGCUUGACAAAGACAAGUAUGAGAUUUCGAUUGGGGAUGGACAGACCAUCUUGAAGUUGAAGGGGAUUGAGUCCCUUUUUGUGUGCGCACCAGGUAUUGGUUUCAACCCGGGCGCGCCGGUUGUGAUCCGCAAGCUCCGAAACCACAUGGAGCUGAACGGUUGCCUGGGUCACAUCGUGAGCGGCCACGCGAACGACCAGCGCUUCGAGGUGCGGGCCGUCGAGAGCAGGCAGCUCUUCAGGGUGAAGCGGGAGAACCUGGUCGCCGUCAGCGUGGAGGGCAGAGGUAUCCCGCCGCACAAGGAGGAAUCGCCAGCCACCGCUGCAGCAAGCUCACCGCGAGCAGCCAGAGCCAGCGGCCCUCCGGCGGGCCCAGUGGCGGCCGGCGUCGCUGCGGCCAGAGCUGCCGGCGCGCCGGAGAAGCAGGCGUCGCCCCAGCACGGCCUGGCCGCCGAGAGGGACACGGCCUUUGCCAGAGAGGGCGCCACGAUCACGCUCCACGGCCUGAAGACGGCCGCGGAGUUCAACGGGAUGACCGCCAUCGUCAAGUCGGUGGACCGCACCAGGGGGCGGUACGAGAUCCGGCUCGAGGACGGCUCCGUCAAGACUGUCAGGGCCGAUAACGUGAAGAUCUGUGGAUAG